AUGGACUUUCUCAAUCCCAAGACCCUGCCUCCCAUCAGCACCUUUCGCAUCAUGAACAACCAGGGCAUUAUCGAGGACGAGACGCAGAUGCCCACGGACGUGACGAACGAGCAGAUUGUCGAGUGGUACCAGAACAUGGUGUUUGUGCAGAUCUUGGAUGGAAUCAUGGCCGAAGCCCAGAGACAAGGCCGCAUCAGCUUUUACAUGGUGUCGGCAGGUGAGGAAGGGAUCAUGGUAGGCUCUGCAGCAGCCCUGGGACCCAAGGACAUCAUCACCUGCCAGUACCGCGAGACCGGGGUUUUCAAACAACGCGGGUUCGUGCUCAAAGACUUUAUGAGCCAGCUGCUGGCCACGCGGAACGACCCUGGCAAAGGCCGGAACAUGCCUGUGCAUUACAGCGGCCGAUUGAAGACGGGAGUGCACGCCGUCGCUUCAACCCUGGGGACGCAAAUCCCCCACGCCACGGGGGCCGCGUACGCGCUGAAGAUGGAAGACCGCGAGACCAGGACGGAUUCUCCGCGCGUGGCGGCGGCGUACUUUGGUGACGGGGCGGCCAGCGAGGGCGACUUCCACGGGGCGCUGAACCUGGCGGCGACGCGCGACUGUCCGGUCAUCUUCAUCUGCCGCAACAACGGGUUCGCCAUCUCGACGCCGACGCGCGAGCAGUACCGGGGCGACGGCAUCGCCAGCCGGGCCAUCGGCUAUGGGAUCGAGGCGCUGCGGGUCGACGGGACCGACAUCUUCGCCGUCUACCAGGCCACGCGGGAGGCGCGGCGGCGGGCGCUGGAGAACGGCGGGCGGCCCAUCCUGCUGGAAUUCAUGAGUUACCGCAUCUCGCACCACAGCACCAGCGACGACAGCUUCGCCUACCGCACCCAAGACGAGGUGCAUCCGUGGAAGAGCCGCGACAACCCGAUCGCGCUGCUGCGCAAGUUCCUCGAGCACAAGGGCCUGUGGGACGACGGGCGGGAGAAGGAGCUGAGGACGACGAUCCGCAAGGACAUCUUGACCGAGCUCAAGGCCGCCGAGAAGGAGAAGAAGCCGCGGCUGAGUUCGGUGUUUGACGACGUCUAUGCCGAGUAUUCCGAAGAGCAGGAGGCUCAGAGACAAGAGCUGAGACGGCUGAUGUUGAAGUAUCCCGCCGAGUACGAUGCCGACGACUACGAGGGGGGGAUUCAAGGGUUGUAG